AUGGAUAUAGAUGGCGAGUCGGCCCGGCCUGGGCAGCAUAUAGAUGCCGGCGAAAAGAGGGGCCCAAAGUACCGACAUGCGAAUGUUUAUGAUGCCGUUGCAGCAACCGAUAAAACUUUCAAUAAAUCUUCAUCUCUAGCCAAUGACUACUAUGGCACCUCUUCGACACGAAUAUUCCCAGCUGUUUCCCCAGAAGAAGUUUUAUUUCGGAAACAAAACGCCCCCGUAAGAUACAUGGAAAAUGAUUUUUAUUUUGCCAACGAAGAUAUACCUGAGGACCAGCCCUUGCCGGAUUCCGACCUGCUCAAGGCUAUUCAUGCAUACACUUCAGACCUGUACGCAAAUAGGACGGUUGAUCGUGGCCAGUCGGUGUGGCGUAGCAUGGACGAAACCGCUUUGAUUGCGCUGGGUUUCUUGCUGGAAGAGGCAGCUGUGGAGGCUCUCCAAGAAACAGGAGACAUGGCCUUGGUGGAGGGCACAGUAUCCAGCGAUUGUGAUCCUGAAUGUGCCACAGGAGCACCUUCUGUGAGAUCCCGUGAAACAUCGGUUUCCGCAUUUAGUACGCGGUCUCGUAUCGAUGGUUAUGGUAGCGGAGGCUUCAACGAUGAUGCUACAACAUUGGCAUAUCAGCGAAAGAGCAAAAAGCGCCGGCGUUUAAGCAGUCUGUCAGCGACACGGUCAACUUCGAAGAAACCAGCUACUUGA